AUGCAACGUAAGAUGAUUUAUGCCGCUGGUAUACCGCAACAAUCAAAAGAGAUUCCUACGAGUUCACAGCAAAAGCAGUCGAAGGGGAAAAGAGAUAAAAUGCGCCCUCGACUUUCGCUGGAUUCUGGAAUUGGCGUGUCGUUUUCCUUGAAUUCGAUUGGACAACAACAAGCGCAAUCACCUCCCUCUGCAACUUAUACUCCCACUGGAGAUUUCUUCCUUCAUUUUGAACCAGAUUCCAUCUCACCUGCGUCUAUGUUAUAUCUACUUACUCCAUCAGCUUAUGGCAAUAGACGGAAGGACUCAGAUGUACGUUGCGAAUGUGGUAGAAUUAUUUAA